AUGGAAGAACACCAAAGGCCUUGUUCUGCCCUGCAGAGUUGUCUGAAUGCCAUAAGCACCAAAGCUCACACUUGUAAUAAGGCUCUUAGUCGCGAAACCAACGAAAACUGCAUCAUAAAAGGGAAAAUCAUCAUUCAACAUAGCCAUGGCGAAUCAGCUCCUAGAUCAGCAGCUUCAGUUCAGCUAUACAGUCGCUCUCAAGUCGACCCAAAAACCGGAAAAGGGAAGAUGAGUGAGAUGGCAGAACUCAGACACGGGAAGACUACCAAGCAUUCCGGGGUGAAGAUCACAACUUUUGACAUAAAAUUUCUUGUCACAGCAGAUUUUGGAAUUCCAGGAGCGUUUGCCAUAACAAACAAGCACAAACACAAGUUUUUCCUUCAAUCUGCCACUCUCAAGGUUUCUGAUUACAUCAUCAUCCAUUUUGACUGCAACUCGUGGGUUUACCCCGUUCACAGAACAAAGACCAACCGGCUCUUCUUUUCAAACACCAGCUAUCUCCCAAGCCAAACACCAAAUGCUUUGGUGCAACUGAGGAAGGAAGAACUUGUUAGCUUGAGAGGCGAUGGAACUAGGGAGAGGAAGGAAUGGGAACGCAUUUACGACUACGAUUUCUAUAACGACCUUGGUAAUAAAGAACCACGACAUGCGAGACCCAUCUUGGGCGGUUCUUUAAUGUAUCCGUAUCCCAGGAGGGGAAAAACUGGCCUCAAUGGCAACCAUGGUAUUCAAAUUUUCCAAGGAACAAUCACGCUAGAUAUGUAUGUUCCCCCAGAUGAGCGAGUCAGCCCCCAGAAACUAUCAGAACUGAUAUCGAAUUCGAUUCAAGCUGGUUUACAUUUCAUUUUACCUGAGGCAAAAUUGUUGUUCACAAAUGCAAGUACUGGGAGUUUUGAAUCCUUCGAUGAGAUCUGUGACUUGUUCACUAGCAGCAGAAGUCAAGUCCUUGAAGGAUGGGUCGCAGAAAAGUUGAAGAGCAUGCUACCACCUGAGAUUUUCAAAAAGAUUACACGUGCAAGCAAAAAGAACCGAACGAAAUUUCCUUUACCUCAAGUUAUAGCAGAAAAUGAAUUGGCAUGGAAGGAUGAUGAGGAAUUUGGGCGUCAGAUGCUUGCAGGGAUUAAUCCAGCAGUAAUCCAGUGCCUGGGGAGUUUCCCCCCAAGGAGCAAAGAUGGAGUAUGGAGUUCUAUCAAGCAAUCACACAUUGAGUCCAACCUCGACGGGCUGACUCUUGAAAUGGCUAUUAACCAAUGGAGAAUUUUCAUCCUGGAUCACCAUGACUACCUCAUGCCAUUUCUCAGUAGAAUAAACACAAAAGGUGUGUGUGCUUAUGCAUCUCGAACGCUACUGUUCUUGAGGAAAGAUUCCACGUUAAAGCCACUGGCAAUAGAACUGAGCUUGCCUACCCCCUCUGCUAGUAAGGAGAAACAUAGAGUGUUUCUCCCAUCAACUCAUGGCAGUGAGGCAGCAGUUUGGCAGUUAGCUAAAGCUCAUGUCGCAUCCAAUGACGCCUGUCACCACCAGCUAAUCAGCCACUGGUUGAAAGCUCAUGCAGUAGUCGAGCCAUUUAUCAUUGCAACCAGAAGGCAGUUGAGCACAAUGCACCCCAUCCACCGGCUGCUGGAUCCUCAUUUUAAAGACACUAUGCACAUAAAUGCGAUAGCCAGGAGCGUCAUCGUAAAUGGUGGUGGAAUCCUUGAGAAGACGUUGUCUACUGGUGAAAUCUCAAUGGAGCUGACUUCUGCAUUCUAUAAAGACUGGAGAUUUGAUGAACAAGGCCUUCCCGCAGAUCUCGUCAAAAGAUGCAUGGCCCUGCCUGACCCAAAUAACCCUGGCGGGGUUCAGCUCAUCUUUGAAGACUACCCCUAUGGUGCAGAUGGACUGGACAUAUGGGUUGCCAUUAAGGCAUGGGUAACAAACUUCUGCUCAAUCUUCUACACAGAUGAUAACUCUUUAAGGUCCGAUGACGAAAUCCAAUCAUGGUGGUCGGAAAUUCGAAAUUUGGGUCAUGGCGAUAAACACAACGAAACGUGGUGGUACCCAAUGAAAACUCUUAAUGACCUAAUAGAGGCUCUCACAACUCUCAUAUGGACUGCAUCAGCUCUUCAUGCUUCUGUGAACUUUGGGCAAUAUGGAUACACUGGUUGCCCUCCAAAUCGACCGACACUGUGUCGGAAGUUCAUUCCAAAGGAAGGGACACUAGAGUUUGCUGAGUUUCUUAGGGAUCCUGACAAAUAUUAUCUUAGCAUGUUGCCUGAAAUUUUUGAACUGACCCUAAGUGUCGCAGUGGUAGAGGUCCUAUCACGGCAUACAUCAGACGAAGUGUACCUAGGACAACGGCUAUCGGAGGAAUGGACAGACAAUGAACAGAUACAACAGAUAUUUCAGCAGUUCCAGAAGAACCUCCAAGAGGUGGAGAAAAGAAUCUUGGAGAGGAAUAGAAAUCCCAAUCUUAAGAACAGAUGCGGCCCUGCCAAGAUAGCAUACAAGCUUUUGUACCCUGAUACGUCAAAUGUUGGGUUCAAAGGGGGAAUCACCGGAAAGGGGAUACCUAAUAGCAUAUCCAUUUAACAUAUCAAGAUAUUGUUAGUCCACUUCCUUUUCUUGAUUGAUUCCAUGUGUAAUAAAGGUCAACUGACGCAGCAUUAUAUAGGUUUGAAAAAAAAAAUCCAUUUCCUUGUAUGAAUUCUCUUUCAUCUCAUGCAGCUCAAAAGAUAAAUGCAAACUCACCUACUCAAAUGAGAAAACCAUUUAUACUGGCAGUGGCUCAUAAGUGCUUAUUAGCAGUUUAUCAGUUUCAGUAGUUCCCGAAAUUGCUAUCUUAUUUGAGCAUGUUCAGAUGAAUAAACAGAAUUUGUAAGUGGUUCUGCAUUAAAAUUAAAUUCAUUCUCAUUCUUAUUCAUAA